AGAGAGAGCGAGAGCGCGAGAGAGAGAGAGAGAGAGAGAGAGAGAGAGAGACUUUGCCAAUAAUCAUUAGGUUACACUCUUAGCUAUCGGACCUGUGCAUUUAACACCCGGGCUAGGCUGCUGUGUGAAGCUAAAGCAGAACGUUAUCAAGUUGGAGUGAGUUAUCCCGCAUUAACUGUACACUCGAGGACUAAAGCCUCGUCUGACGUUUCAUCAUGGCCGAAGUGGACGAGAGUCAGUUUUCUCUCAUGAGUCUGGAGGAUGAGCUGACCUGCAGCAUCUGUCUGAGUACCUUUGACUGUCCGGUGACCAUCCCCUGCGGACACAACUUCUGCCAGGACUGCCUCCUGGCCACCUGGAAGGACUCCUACAGCUGUCCUCAGUGUCGGACCCACUUCGCCACCCAACCGGAGCUGAAGAAAAACACGGUCCUCAGCACCGUCGUGGAGACCUUCAACUUGAGGUCGACCAAGAGCGAGGCCAGCCUGACAGCAGAGGAGAGCAAAGCCGAGAAAGAGGAUGUCAUACGCUGUGAUACAUGUAUGGAAGCAGAGGCGUCCCAGACCUGCCUCACCUGCAUGGCCUCUUUCUGUGAGGAGCACCUGCGGCCUCACCGGGAAAACCCAAACUUCCGUAUCCACCAGCUGAGUGAGCCUGUAGGCGACCUUUCGGAGCGUAUCUGCUCGGACCACCACAAGCUGAUGGAGCUCUUCUGCACCCAACAUGGCCGCCCAAUCUGCAGCUUCUGCCUCCAGCAAGUCCACAAAGGCUGCUCCUUCAUGGCUCCUGAGGAGCAGAGGAACCUGAAAGAGUCCGACCUGAGAGGCAAGUUGAGUUUGCUGGACGGGAAGAUUGCGAAGAAUGAGACUGUUGUGUCUCAGAUGAGGGACAUGCAGAACCAGCUAAAGGACUCAGCGACCAACAGGAAGAAAGCUUUGGCAGCUGAGUAUCAGCAGAUGCGGGAUAUGUUGGCCCGAGACGAGCGUGAUGCUCUGAAUGCAGUGGACCGCGAACUGGAGGGUGGUCAGACUAAACUCAAUGUUCUCAAGAAGAAGUUCACUGAGAACAUUGGUAGUAUGAGCAAAGCUAAAGAAGAUAUCCACAGUCUGCUGAGUCAGUCCCAAACUCUGGCCUUCCUACAGGCUUCAUUUGACCUGCCCUCAGCCGCGAACUUUGACCCUUACACCCCUCGAAUCAGCCUGGACUCCAAGAAGGUGACAGCAACACAGGGCUUUGCUGCUGCCCUGAAGGAGCAUCUGACAGAGAUCCUUAAACAGCCUGUUGAGGCCAGACUACCGAUACUUAAACCAGAACUUAACACUGGCAUUGUUGCAUCUGAUGAAAAAGCAGUUCCUGUCUCAGGACCUGCAAAUACUGGAAAUACUGGAUCUCAGCUGAAAUCUGAACUAUCAGAGCCCCAAAAGCAGAAAAAAACGCCCAGGUCCCACAGUCCAGGUCGUCCACCCUUCCAGCCAUACUUCCAAGCAGUUCCUGUACGUAAUCCCUAUAUGGGACCACAUGGAGGCUGGAAUCUAUCCCAGCAUCCACAGGAGCCGCAGUGGCUGCCAGGGAAUCUAUUUCCCAGUCCCCACAAUCCAGGUUCAGGUUCUCAACCCAAAGGCCCAAAGAAGAGAGCUCAAAAAAAAAAAGCUCCUCAACCCAAAGAAGACAAUACGGGAAAUAUGAGUCAAGCCCGUUCAAUGGAAAACCUGUUGGAGUUUGGUGGAAAAGACGAACCCAGAGGCCGUACUCCUGAAGCUGAACCAGAAACUUCGGACAUUCCCCCAAACAUAACAUCUGCUGAAAAAAGAACCGAACUUCUGAAAUAUGGCACGGUACUCACUUUGGAUCCAAAGACGGCCCACAAACGCAUCGCACUGAGUGAGGGCUUCACUAAAGCCUCUGUGUCAGAUGAACACACAAACUACCCCGACUGCCCUGAACGCUUCGCUGUCUGCUCCCAGGUGCUCGCCUCCAAGGGUUUCUCUAGAGGGCGCCACUACUGGGAAGUCCGACUGAGCAGCAGCAACUUCAUUGGCAUUGGCUUGGCUUACAGCAGCAUUGACCGCAAAGGUCCCACCAGUCGACUGGGCCGCAACGCCCAGUCCUGGUGUGUCGAGUGGUUUAACGUCAAGCUGUCGGCUUGGUAUAAUAGCAGUGAGACCGUGCUGGUCAAUCCCAAUCCAAAGCGCAUAGGUGUGCUGUUGGAUUGCGAGGAGGGCACUGCUACGUUCUAUAACGUGGCAGACCGGGCAUAUCCCUUCCACUCCUUUGUGUUUCCUUUUGCUGAAGCUGUGUAUCCAGCUUUCUGGAUUUUCUCAAGUGGCUCGUCCAUUUCUUUGUGCAAGCUGCAGGCAUGAGGAGCAUAUGCAUAUAAAUGGCAUAUGCAGGCACACACCUACACACAGUCAGCCCUUUGUUCUUAUUAUUGUCAUUAAUAAUGGAAAAGAAUACUAUGCUAGUUGUAUUUAUAAAGCCAGUCUUGAAUAUUUGUGACAGCAAAAGUUUAAAAAUAUUUAAUAUACCCAACAUUGGCUAAAAAAAUGUUUCCCAUCAAGAGGCUGACCAGUUAUACCCCCCAGCUAACAGUUUUGUGUUGACUUUGUUUAAAGUGUUGUCUGUAGAGUUACAACUGAAGGGCAUUUUGCUCUGUUGGGAUGGAUUAGGUAAAACAAUGAUUAUCCCCACUAUUAGUGUUUACUGCUAAGUACCCUUCUGUUAGGUCUGCUUUAAACCAAGAAAAUGAAGGAAGAGGUGGUGGUGGUUGUUCUGCCCAGCCUGAGAAUAUAGCAUACAGCUUGAAGCAUCCCAACUGAAGCAGAUGUCAAGAGUUAAUGGCAUGUCAUAACUAAUGUCCUUAGCUGUUGUUGUCGUUAGCUAUGCUAGCUGAUUUACAGCUGCUGAAUUUGUGGUUAUGAGACCACAACAAUGAAGCUGGCUUCUCAAAACACAAGAAAAAGCAUUAUACCUUGUGUUUGCAAAGUCUAUAAACUGCAUUCUAAGUGACUAUGAUGCACUUAUGCAUCCCACUCACUUCAUAAUAAGUAUUUAAAAACAAGAUAAAAAUGUGUUUUUAAAGCUAUAUUAUAUAUCUUAUAUGCAGAAGGAAUAAAUAGAGAAUGCUGUGUUUGAUGGCAAAAGAUGAGCAGAAUAAAUGAUCUAGCAUACUUUUUUCUGUUUUUUCUCAAUAAAUUUUAUUGAAACAGAUACAAAAGGUAUACAGCAAGUAUAAAAAAAACCUUCAGCUAGUUGUCUUGACAGGAUGAAGCUGGGAGGAGUGGCAUUUCCUUGUGUUGGUUUCAAUUUUCAGACAUUUGAUCUACUUCCUCCUUUUCUCCGAUUAUAACAGAAUACACAUAACACACCCUGUACACUUACUGUACAGCAUGUGUGUGCUAGUGUGUCUCUUGUAUUAACUGCAGAUUAUUAUACACUGUAGCAUGGUUGUGAAUGUGACUGCAUAAAGAAGUGAAUUAAUCACUUCACUCUCCAGCAUACAGUAUGUCAGUACAGUGUUUUGAUAGUCUGCAUGUGGAAAAUGUGUGAUUGUUUUGGAGUGUAGCCGUUAAGGUUAUGGGGCUGGGCGAUAUGGCAAAAAUGUUAUCAAGAUAUUUUUUCAUAUCAGUCGUUAAGUCAUGAUAUGAAUAAUUUCUGGUGACCUUAAAGAUUCCUUUAAGCUUAAAUAGUCUCUAAUAGUAGAUUCAGAUUGUACAAAUGACUAAGAACUGUUUGGGCUGCAAACAGAAAAACAGUUUAAAUUCUUGUCAGUAUAAAUUCCACAUGUAAAGUCCUUGUCACUGUUGAGAUGUCACUUUCUUUACUGACACUCAAAAGUUUCCUCUGAAGGAGUGCUCAUGUAUUCCAUUUAUCCAUCCAACUUUUGAUACCAAAACAAUAGCAUGCAGUGUGUUUAGCUAACUCAACCAAUGCUGUUGAAAUGGGUUGUCCAUUCCUAGAAGAUUGCCAUGUGAUUGGCUAGAAAUAGAUUUGUAGAUGUCAUUGGCUUUUCAUUGUACAAAAGCAGUGUAUCCUACAGACAGUGGAUUGAAGCUUCUCAUUUUCAUAUCAUGGGAAUUUUUUUUAUCGAGAUAAGUGAAUAUAUCGUUUGUAUCACCCAGCCCCAUAUGGACACUUCCUAAACUCUUUGAUGGAUUCGGCUGAUGAGAACAGAAGUCAUACAGGCUCUGUUCUGACAGUCUCUCUUUUUUCCUUUUGGUUAUUUUUUAUGGCAUUUUGCCUUUUACUGGUGGAUGUUGAGCCAGGAAAUAAUGGGGAGAGAGAGAAAAGGAUGACAUGCAGCAAUGGUCCUUGGUCAGAUUUGAACCUGGGAUGUCAUGCUUGCAUGGUAUGCCCCAUAGAAAUAAAAUGCUAUACUGUUUUAUAUCUGUGGUAGGCACAUUAAACCAACAAGCCAUCAGAAUGCUCUGUUGGCUUUACGUAAGGUGGUAGGAAGGUAGUAAGAUGUAUAGUUUCACAGGGGUAAAUUAUUUGUUGUGUGAUACAAAGUUCACCCCGGCCUGUUAGAUGUGUUGGCUGAAGCACACUGGUGACAUUAGUUACAGUGGCUCAUUUCCUGAUGUGGCACCACUGGAGAACAUCAGUGGUUUGUCAGUGCGCAUACUCACAACAUACAGUACAUUAACAGUGAAGUUAGUUGUCUGAACACGGUUGUCUUUGUACUUUUUGACAAAGGUAGCCUAAGUACUAACCGCACUCCAUUCAAGGAGCUAAGAAGACACUGUUGUCCAGAGUGAGUAACUGAUAAGCUGGUAAAGGUUCAGACAUAAUGACUUCUGUGGUGAAAAGAUCUCUGGGAGGCAUUUCUGCCAAUGCACUUCAGGUACGGACCAUUAUUUUUAGGUUACAUGCCAAUAUUUGAAGGUACAGUGCAUCGCUGCAUGUGAAGUCUGAACCUGUAUAGUGAAAUCUGCUGUUUUCACUAUUUGCCAUUGCUUAUCAUCACUAUGGAGAAUUGUGGUUUGGGACACAGCUUCAUCAAACUAUUGAGCGCUUACCCAUACCAUAAUGAGUGUCCAGGUACUGAUAUUGUGUUGACACUGAUUUACUCUUACUACCUAGCUUAAAUAACACAAUGGGCGCGUCUAUGGAUAUCAUUAGAAAAAUGAUGUUUAUUUCAUGCAACAUUUGACUUUAUUGCUUAUGGCUUCUGUUUUUGUUGUUGCAAUGUAUCUUAGAUCAACUGCAGACUCCAGUGGUUUGCAAAACAUUUUGUUGAUUUUAUUGUGCGUGCAUUGCUGAUCUUCAACUGAAAUGUAGCUCAUUGUUCUUCGUAUCUAACAUUUUCAAGAGUCACAUUGGAUUUUACUCAAACUGUGUGCUAUCAAAAGUUAACAUCAAACCAACCUUUGUGUAACGCUUCACUGUUCGGUUGUCCUGUGCUCAGUGUUUGAGAGACAGGUAAAUGAUGAAGUGCUAGUUAGUAUUUUGCCAUAUCUGUGGUGGUUUUAUUCAGUGUACCCAACAGGAGAUGCAUGGAUUAAAUAUGAAUAUAUUUAUGUGAUUGUCUUAAAAUUCAAAAUAUAAUUUCUCUAUUACAUUUGAAUCACAAAUUAAACCAAUGAUUGUUAUUAAUAAAAUAUGUUUUUCUCUCUCA